GUUUUCGUAUACGGUUAUCCUUGCUUGCUUUUGCUCUUAGUGAAGCGCGAACGUCUAUCUGUGACGUCACGCAUCGUACGCUCUUGCUGCAUAAUUUUGAUCAAAAAAUUUCAAAGACGCGUUGCACUCUCGGCUCAAUUUUAGUUUGUAGUGUGUGUUUAGCGUGUUGGGUCUUUUGCAACGUUUUUGAGUUUGUUGCAGGUGUCGGAGUGCCGCACUAUUCCAAGUGUAACACAACGUGGCGCGUUUUCCCCGUUCGAAAUAACACGCAGAAAGCAAUUCGAGUAAUGGCAAAAGUUGAUUAAAGUCGGAAUGCAUCGUCGUCGAAAUGGAUUGAAGUACUAAAAAAACAAUAUGGAGAAUCGACCCAAGCCCGGUACAUCAGGACGACCUCGUCUUCAAAGGUCCGAGAGGGUUUUUAGCGAGUCCCACCUCACCUCUUGGGAAUUGUUCGUUAGAGAUUCAUUGUUGACUCUCGCGUGGCCGGACCUACUAAACAGCGUGUCAAAUUCAACCGCCAGCGACCUCAUAUCAAGAAGAGGAGUAUUUUCUAGACGAUAUUACGGAUCUGUAGAGCAGCUACAACAACCCGAAGUAGACGGGCAAGAGCACUGUAGACGAUUUAGGAUAGAAAAUGGGGAUUCUCCAGGCGAAAAAGACGAAAUGUUCGGAUCGCCGAGCACUCCGGUUCUCGAAAAUCCGGAAUAUCAAACAAGAUGGUACUUCAAAUAUUUUUUGGGAAAAUUACAUCAAAAUUACGUUGGACUGGAUAACGACAAAUCACCUUUUUUUCUUAGUAUAGUUCUAAAUGAAGAUACCAAUACCUGCGUGCCUCUAUGUCGAGCAAUUUUAUUCAAAAAAACCGGGACGCAGAAAAUAUCGUUGCCGAUAUCGCAACAGAAAGUUUUAACGGUUAAACAGAUACUAUCGAAUUUUCCGAAUAUCGAUAAAAUCGAUAAAGGUCCGAAAGAAAUAUUUUCACCUGAUAUUCAAAAAGAUUUAUUACUUCUAGAGGAACAAGAGGGUUCGGUCAAUUUCAAAUUCGGGGUUAUUUAUAUGAAACAAGGUCAAAAUAGCGACGACGAAAUUUUGAGCAAUGAAUAUGGAAGUUAUAGGUUCGAACAAUUUUUAUCGUUAUUGGGAGAUAAAAUCAAAUUGAAAGGAUGGGAUAAAUAUAGGGGAGGAUUGGACAUUAAAGGUGACAUGACCGGAAAAUUUUCCGUUUACACUAUAUACGAGGGUCACGAGAUUAUGUUCCAUGUAUCGACGUUAUUGCCCUAUUCCCGCGACAACCGACAGCAAGUUGAAAGGAAACGACAUAUCGGAAAUGACAUCGUUAACAUCGUCUUCAUAGACGGCGAAUGGGAAUCGUCGGAAACGGCGCACUCCCAAUUCAACCCGACUUGUAUCAAAUCGCAAUUCACACACAUAUUCGCGGUGGUAACAAUGGACAACGAUAGUCAGUACCGUCUCUCCGUAUUUUCGGACGAAUCGGUACCGUUAUUUGGGCCGGGCCUACCCUGUCCGCCCAUUUUCAACGACCCCUACCUUUUCAGGGAGUUUCUACUAGUAAAGCUAAUAAACGGUGAGAAGGCUACAUUCGAAACACCCACGUUCGCCAGAAAGAGACAGCGAACUCUGGAUAUGCUUAUCAAGGAUUUGUAUUCAGAACAUAUGAUCGAUGGAAGGAUGGCUAUGUUGAAUCGUCGAGCAUUUUCCGACGUUUUGGCCGACACUCCACGCCAUUCUAGACUCAAGGAAGAUUCGCGUCAAAUAGAAUUCGUUCGGAUAGGUCAAGCUCUAAAAUUGGAAGCUAUAGUUCGAGGCGACGCCCCGACUAGUUUAGCUUCCGCAAGUUGUAGUACGGGUACUGUGUUUAAAAAAUCGCCGUGGGAAGCGAACUGUUUUUAUCCGGUAUUUCCGGUCCAAUCGAUAAUUUGCGCGGAUUCGUGGGGCGAUAACAGACUCGUAAUAGGAACUGAAGAAGGAGUUUACGUAGUUACAGAUGGUAGUUUUCAUCGUUUGAUAUUCGAUAAGACGUUACAAGUUCGGCAACUUAGCGUGGUUGAACCUCAUGGUAUAUUUUUGAUGCGCGGAGGGCAUAGUAAUAAAGAAGGGAAAAUAUACGUUUUCCGUUUGUCUCAAAUCGAAGAAUUGGCCGAAGCUAAAUCUCGUUUGGACGUUAAAGAACAUCGAUUGGAAAAAACUAGAGGAACGAAUUUAUAUUCAUUAUCAAGACCAGGUGGAUCGAAGUUAAGAAUGUGCGUGGUUAUAGGAAAGAAACUUCAAAUGUUUCAAUGGAAGCAUUCGGCAGCUUGGACAGCUUGGUGUCCUUCAAGUGAUACAGAUACCGUAGAAGGAUUCACGUUUUUGUGGGAAAUUAGUUUAAACGAAACCCCUACAAUGGUAACGAUCCUAGACAGCGGUUGGAGUCCGAGUUCACCGACCCACGGAGACACCCUUGUUUGUGUCGGAUACAAAAAUCACUGGGAUAUCGUUAAUGGCAGAAGCGGAUUAGCGCAACAUUUACAUACCGUCGAAAGUGCCAAAGCGAAUUUAGUAGCCGCUCUAGAUUUAUACGAGGAUCAAGAAGUACAACUACUUUUAUGUUAUAAUCACACGUGUCAUUUUCAAAAAAUUAAUGAAGCGAGCGCAUCGAAUACAAAUUUCGAUUUCCAUUGGAACUCCGUUCCGUCAGAUGUAGUUUGUGCUUUUCCAUACCUUAUUGCUUUCACGCAAAAUUCUAUGGAAAUCCGUUUGAUAGUCAACGGAAAUCUAAUACAUACAAUGACAAUGCCUAAACUACAAUUAAUCGCCUCAAAAAAUGACAUUUUCUUCGCAACUACUGCUCCGGAAUUUUUCCCUAACAAAACCGACCGAUUGUUAGUGGACGUGAGGCAACAAGAUUUUCAGAAACAUUCGCCACCUGGCAGUCCUAACGCUUCUCCGGAAAUAAAACCGCUUCGAAUUUAUCGAAUACCUAUUCAUUCAUUGCACAGAAACGACCAAUGUGUAAGUAAUUGCUCACCGCCGACAUGGAAAUCGACCGAAUCGAAAUUAACCGUUCCCGGAGAACCCCGUGUUUCCAGAAGUGCUACUAGCUCACCUAUUCCUCCAAAAGGGAAAAUCUUACAAGGAACUAUCAAAUGAUCCCGUCUCUUAUUCAUGAACACUUCCAGUGUUUAGUUUACUUACCGAGAUUUUUAUCGCCAAAUUUAUUAAAUAAUCAAACAACUAAAUUAAAAAUAUCUCGAACUUCUUCAACAAAUUGUUUAACACCUUCAUCAAGAACAAUCUCAGUAUCAGAAUAAUUUAAUUAUCGAAUCGCCUAUCAAUAUAAAGGUAGUAAGCAGUUUAAACAUUAUUUUUUAUAGAUAAAAUAAUCCAAAAAAUACUUUAUUCGUUCUUUUCUUUGUAAUUUUUUUGUCCAUUAAAACAUUUUUAGAAUAUACUCUCCAAAUAAACUAAAUCAUAAAAGUCGGUUGAUUAAUAAUCAAAAUAUCGCAUGGUAGUUUGUAUUAAUAGUGAAUGAUCUUAAUUAAUUUCCCGAUUGAAUUAACAAGAUUCAUUAUUUUGAUGUUUACGAAAUGGCGAUAGUUGUUUACUUAAUUUGAUCUUUAUGGGUUUUACUUUUUGGAAUGUUCUGGAUUUUUCUUAAGAAAUUCCGAGUCAUAUUUUGAUUGUAACAAAAAAUUCUAAAUCAUAUAUUCUGUUUUUAUUAAGUUUGACAUAAAGUUGAAUAACAAAAUUAUUUUUCACUGUACAUAACCAUUUAAUGGAAAAGACUUGUAUAUACAUCAGUAGCGGAGGAAAUAUCAAUUGAAAUUACUCGUAAUCGACAACGCAUAUCAAAAAAAUCUUCACUCUCUUAAAUAGGGUAGCGCAGAAUGUGUGUCAAACACUUAUGUCAAAAUAACUGAGUAGAAUUUAAUGAAUUUUCAUUAUUAUUAUAUUGCGAACGGUUUAAAUUUAAGUUUAAGAUAACACAAAUCGAUAAAAGAUAUUUAAAUUAAUUAUUAGAGCUGCAAUGGAACGUUUAUUUUGCGCUACCUUUUAUGAUUUGAUUCUAUGUAUUCGAUGCAUUCAGCGGACGUAGCGCUACCGCCAUCUACCGGGAACGUGUCGAACAUUCGCUGACAAGCAGUUUUCGAUUUAUGUAAAUUGUUUGUUUCUGUAAUUUACCUGUACUAAUACAACAGUUGCACAACGGUUUCGUCCUCUGAAUACAACCAUUGACUCAACUGAAUAAAUACGUAGGUUUAUUUUCAAUAUUAAAUCACAUAUUAAUUUAUAGUUAACGCUAAUAAAUCUACCUCUAAAGUUGAUGAAAAAUUGUGAUUAUAACUAUCUAGUCAUGAUGAUUAUUGUAAUAUAACCAAAAAUUGUAUCUAUUACAAGUUUCUGCACUAAUGAACUGAGAACUAUUCAACAUUGUUGUCAGAUAUUGAAUUUUUCCGAAAGUAUUGAGAAAUAAAUACAAACGUAAUUGUUUAAUAUUAAAAGAAAUGAAACUUUCCUUAGGUGUAAAUAUUAUGUAAAUAUUUGUACAUGACUUAAAAAUAAGGAAUUCGAUUUUAGUAUGUCGAGACAAUUGAAAAUGAAAUUUAUCGCACAUAGAUUGUUUUCUCGACAUUUUAAAAAUAAUUCCGCGACAAAAAUUCUCUAUACCUGCUGUCUUUCUAGAUGAGCCAUUAAGUUCGGCUAAAACGGGUUAAUGGACAUUGUAUAUCUUUUGAUCUACUCAUAAUAAUUCAAUAAAGUGAUUACAUCCUAA